UUUUUUUUUUUUACUUUUAACAUUCUUUGAGAAAAGUGUAUUUAGAAAACGAUACCUUGGGAGCUGGUGAGAGGAUUUAAGAGCACUGGAUCCUCUUCCAGAAGUCUUGAGUUCAAUUCCCAGCAACCACAUUGUGGCUCACAACCAUCUUUAGGGAGCUCUGAUGCCCUUUUCGGGCAGGCAGACAUAUAUUCAGCAGAGCACUCAUACAUUAAAUAAAUGUUUUUUUGGAAAAGCGCGACAUUUUUGUGAAAACAAAAACCCCGAUAAAUGGUAAUAGUAAAAUCCUAAUACGAAAAGUUAGAUCAAGGCUCAAGCACAUAGCCCUAAUCAAAGCAAUUUGAACCUCAAGUCCCGAUAUGAGCUGGAGUGCACAAGCUCAGUGGCGCGGGGCGUGUCCAAGUGGCCGGUUUUUCCGUUUGCGCAUGCUCCUUCAUUGAAGCUUCAAAUCUUACCGCUGCUGCUGGGCUUGCUUGCUGGUCUCAGGGAGUCCUCCCUGCGGAUGAGAGCGAAUACGGUCCUGCGUGACUGAAGAACUGACACUGAAGGCAGAGAGGGCAAUGGCUGAGGAAAGCCAGGAGAUAGGUGGCAUCCAUUUUCUGUUUCUCUUCCCCCCUUAUCCUAUCCAGAAAGACUUCAUGGCAGAACUCUACAAGGUUUUGGAGACUGGCAAGAUUGGGAUAUUUGAGAGUCCAACUGGCACGGGAAAGUCCUUAAGUCUGAUUUGUGGGGCCCUCUCCUGGCUCCGGGACUUUGAACAGAAGAAAUUGCAAGCAGAGGCUGGUCUCCUCGCUCCUGCAUCUGGCCCCACAAGUAGUGGGAGGAACUCAGUCCUGUCUUCCUCAUCCUGCCAAGAACCCUCUGACACCCUGAGACCUGCUGGAGAUCCUGACUGGGUCACUGAAUUUGUGCAGAAGAAAGAAGAAAGGGACCUGGUGGAGAGGCUGAGGGAGGAGCAGCUGAGGAGGAGGAAGCGAGAGGAGCGGCUGCAGGAGGUCUGCCAGGAUGGAAGACGCAGGUUUGCUGCCAAGCGCUCGGGCGGAUGAGGGUGAGGAUGACUUGGAGGAAGAACAUAUAACCAAGAUUUAUUACUGCAGUCGGACACACUCACAGCUGGCCCAGUUUGUGCGUGAGGUACAGAAGAGCCCUUUUGGCAAGGAGACGUGGCUAGUCUCCCUUGGGUCUAGGCAGAGCCUUUGUGUGAAUGAAGAUGUGAAAAGCCUGGGUUCUGUGCACCUCAUGAAUGACCGCUGUGUGGACAUGCAAAGACGCAAACACGAGAAGAUGAGAAUUGGGGAAGACAAGCCAAAGAGAAGGAGACAGAAGAUGCAGGCCUCCUGCCCCUUCUACAACCAUGAGCAGAUGGAGCUUCUCCGGGAUGAGAUUCUGCUGGAGGUGAAGGACAUGGAGCAGCUCGUGGCCCUCGGGAAGGAGGCCCAGGCCUGCCCCUAUUAUGGAAGCCGCUUUGCCAUCCCUGCAGCCCAGAUGCUGAUGUCCAUUCUUGGCAGACGCUCCACACUGAUACAGCAAACAAGCAGCUCAGCACUGGGUGUUCUUCUCGACCGCAGGGAGAUGCUGAGGUGGCCCAUUAGAGCCUUGAUCUUUGUCCCUCUGCCGGGCACCACACCAUCACAUUAUAUUCCACCUGGACAUUUGUUCCUGUGAACAACAGCCUCACAUAUUCCUGCAUACCUUGCUCAGGGAGGAGGGUUUUACUCUGUGUUUCCAGAUCAGCGUUGGUAUUGAGAUGUGAUCCUCUGCAGUAAUGACCACCUGCCCUCAUCGUCAGAGAGCUAUGUCCUUCCUGACCCCACAUGCACCAGCUCCUGUAGGACGGAGGCGUCAUCUGCAGAGGAGAAGCAGAGGAGGGAAGGCCUUAGAUGCAAGGUGAGGGAACCCCAGGUACCAUGGACAAGGGCAAGCCCACCUUUGCUGAGAACUUCCUACUGCAUGAGAUACCCCCGUGUAGAUUACAACUCUGGUAAGAGCCAAAGUGCUCAGGAGGGAAGGACACUGGGGAAAUGCAGAGACGGGAGAACUGAUGGGCCAUUGCCUUGUCCUGAAUGACUAAAGCCUGCCCUUGAGACAUGCAGUGGCCAUCGAGAAUAGCCAAGGCCAUCGACUACUGGAUGUCAGCAAGUUGUGUGUCAGGAAGCUAAUGGAACAGCACGUCCUUUAGGGCGGGGAGGGAAAGGGGUCACAUGUGCCAUUGGGCUUCGUCUCAUGCUGACUCUGGGAUAGGGAGAGUCCGGACCCCCUAUGUCCUGUGCAAACUCAGGUUCCAUAGGGAAUCCAUGACCAUCCUCUGCAGAUGAGGACAGCAGUCAUGAGUCCCAGAAAUGAAACCAAUGGAGAACAGAAUCGAUGGGGCGGUAAGUGGCUGAGACACCUGAUAGAGGACUGAGUGAAAAUGUGACAGGGCACGAGGUCAGGCCAGCCAUGUCCUGUUCCUAGAGUGAGGAGAGCUCACACUCUGAAGUGUCUGACAGGCUGGAAAGUGUUUUCGUCUCCCCAUCUGGAUUGGAUAAUUUUCUGUCAAUUUGGUAAACUUAAAGUCAUUGGGGAUGAAAAUGUCUUGUUGAGAAUAUGCCCUUAUCAGAUUGUGAGUGUGUCUGUCCUACAUUUCAUUAUUAGUGAUUGACUGUGUUUAGUCCAGUUUGGGUGAUAGCAGACAUGGGAGUAGCUAGCCACUUUUGGAAGAUAAAUGGUGGGUUUUUGUCUUCAGAGCCAUGGGGAAGCAAUAGAGUCUUGACCGGCAAGCCCUGAUGCUCUUGUGCAAUCACUUGAAGCACCCAAUGUUCUGAGGGGGAGAUGAGAUUUCCUUUUUGGUCUUCCUCAGGUGGGAAGGGCCGUUUCUCUUCUGAUAUGCUGCUGCAGACACAUGGGGUAGCUACAGCUCCUGAAUGGAGGGCACAGGCACUAAAUUGGCUCUUCUUCUUGGGACAAUGUGAAGCAAUGGCAGGCAUGGAAGCCCUUCUUGCCAUCUUGUGUGCUGAUAGUGUCAGGGCAAGAGGCCCAUGCUCUCCUGAGGGCCAGAUGUGGAGGAUGCCAAAGUUGGGCUCACUGGCCCUUCUUUUUAGGGAAAGGCCAGGCAUAGAGUGAUGUGCCCUUACGGGUUGCAUAGGGCAUGGAAUCUCAGGCUCGGCUGAAGUGGUAAAUCUAUGCUCGGGCCCCUUGUGACCUUUUUUUUAAAACUAAAAUAGGUAUCUGUCUGUUCAUUAAAAUCCCCCCCCCCCCCGGAGUUGGUUACAUAACCCAGGGCCUUGCGCUUGCUAGGCAAGUGCUCUACCACUGAGCUAAAUCCCCAACCCCAUUAAAAUUUUUAGCUGUGAUUCCAAGAUCUCGUUGGCCUAAAGCCCCAUGCUUCAGAGCAUGUUCUAUUGCUUUAAUCUGGAUAGGCCGCUGUGUGGUAUUAGCUUCACUUCCAUGCCCCGUGGAUAUCUCUUAGUGUCCUCACUGGAGGGCCUCAUCCCUGGGGGACUAUGAGGACAUGGUGAAUUAUGUCUUCAAGCUGCCCAGGAAAGUGAGCUGGACUGUCCCAGGUUCCCUUGGCAACCCUUUAUCUAGGUCUGUCUGCUGCUUCCUCCGAAGGAGCCAUACCUAGUGGUGAGGAAAUGGACAAGGAAGUCCAGAUGCACUCCUCUGCCUCCUCGCCAGCAUAUGGCUGCCCCAUUAUGCCCUCUGGGCCAUUCAAGCUCUGUUCCCACUCUGCAUUGCAGUAAGGUGCUGGGUUUGCACUCGAUGUCCAGGACAAAGUUUGUUACAUAAUCCACAUUACCUUCUGCAUGUCCGAGGGAAAGCUGGGUCUCCUGCCUCGACGGACAAUGUCAAGGCUGACACUGUCUGCCUGAUUGUUUUCAUUGCCUCUCCCUCCUCCUGCAGGCCAUCCUCCACUGUCAGGUCAGAGAAGUGUCCUCCUGGGGCACACUCAGCAACAAGAUGGACCCGACUUGCUGUUACUAGAGCCUGGGAGAGGCUGAUGGUGUAGCAUGGGGUAGUGACCAGCCCAUACUUGUUGACACUUUCAUUGGGUCUGCUUCCUGCCUCUUUAUGCUUGUUUUUUUAUUUAUUUAAAAAUUUCAACAUGAAUAAACAAACAUUAACUUUUUUAUUUUCAUUUCAAAUGUUAUCCCCUUUCCCAGUUUCCCAUCCAUAACCCCCCUGUCCCAUCCCCCCUCUCCUUGAGUCUAUGAGGAUGUUCCUCCUUUCCAACCACCCACCCCUUCAUGCCUCCCUGCCCUGACAUUCCCCUACACUGGGGGCGGGGUCCAACCUUGGCAGGGCUGCCCUGUGGUGCCUAACAAGGCCCUGCUUGGCUACAUAUGCAACUGGAGCCAUGGCUCUGUCCACUUGGGUAAUGGUUUAGUCCCUGUGAGGUCUGUUUGGUUGGUAUUGUCAUUCUUAUGGGGUUGCAAACCCCUUCAGCUCCUUCAAACCUUUUUGUAACUCCUCCAUUGGGAACCCUGUUCUCUGUUCAGUGGUUGGCUUUGAGCAUCCACAUCUUUUUGUCAGGCUCUGGCAAAGCCUCUCAGGUGACAGCUUUCAUCAGGCUCCUGUCAGCAUGCACUUCUUGGUAUCAGCAAUGCUGUGUGGGUUUGGUGGCUGUAUGUAUAUGAGCUGGAUCCCAGGGUGGGUAGGCUCUGAGUAUCUAUUCCUCUAGUCUGCUCCAAACUUUGUUUCCAUAUCUCCUAUGAAUAUUCCCCCCCCCCUUUUUUUUUGGGUUUUUUUUUCGGAGCUGGAACCCAGGGCCUUGCGCUUCCUAGGUAAGCGCUCUACCACUGAGCUAAAUCCCCAGCCCCUAUUUUCCCCCUUUUAAGAAGGACUGAAGCAUCCACAUUUUGGUCAUCCUCCUUCUUGAGCUUCAUGUGGUCUGUGGAUUAUAUCCUGGGUAAUUCGAGCUUUUGGACUAAUAUCCAGAGAUACAGGCAAGUGCUGGUGAAAGGAGGGGCAUAGUGCAUGGAAUCCAGGCUUGGCUGAAGUGGUAGAUCCAUGCUCAACCUCCUUGCAUACCUGUUCUUUUAAAAUCAAAUAUGCACCCAUCAUUCCGCCAAUGUCUUUUUUUUUGGAGGGGUUCAACCAUCUCAUUGGCAUUAGACAGCAUUCCUCAGAGCAUGUCUACACUGUUGUAAUAUAGAGAGACCACAGUUGGGAUAUUUACUUCACCUUUCCUGACCCAUGGGUGUCCCUCAGUGUCGUGAGUGCAGGGCCUCAUCUCUCAAGACACUGUGAGGACCUGGAUAAUUAGGUUUCAAUGUGCUCAGAGAUACAACUUAGAAUAUGACAGGUCCCCUGGCAAUCUUUUUCCUGAUACCGUUCAUGUGGCUUCCUCUGAACUGGUGGCACCCAGUGUGAUAAAAUAGAAAAGCAAGCACAGACCCCACACAUCUGCCUUUAUCCCACCACGUGGCCCCUCUAGUACAAUCUCUGGGGUACCAAAGCCCUUGGUUCCUCACUGCCAUUUAGGGGGGAUGCUAGGUCUGAGCUUGGUGGAACAGCCAAAGCAUCAGCUUGGUUUUUCUGUCUGCAUCUUGUAUAAUGUUUUGAAGUUUAGCGUCUCAAACAAUGUCAAAUUUGGGGCAGUACUUUGUGGCUAUCUGCCCAAAAUUUCCUUUGCCUCUCCUUCCUGCAGCAGGCCAUCCUCCAUUAUCAGGUCAAACAAGUUUCCUCCUGGAGCUCACUCUGUAGCUAGAUAGCCUUGCUUUGAUGUUGUUACUAGAACCUUCAAGAGCCUGAUGGAGUCAGUAUGGUGAAGUGUCUGAGGUGUCAUUUCUGACAGUGUUCUCCUGAUGUGCUUCUUGGUUAUCUCUACAGUUUUUAUGGCCAGCACAGCUUGUGUUUGUCUUUGGCAGGCAAGAUUGACAGUGCCAAAUGUACCCUUGCCGAUGGGAAGAGCACAUGGACUCCCGAGUUGGUUCUGUGCAGAAUUGCUGGCCACAAGGCUAGGGUUGCUUUGCUCUGGUGCAUACCGCUGCUGAGGGACGACUGAAAGCUCCCACACUAGGUGCAGCUGAUCUCACCCAACAACUAAACAGACAGCUGUGAGGGAAUCCCACAGGUCGCCAACCACAGCUCUCUCUUCUGUAGGGACAGAACUACAGACAGCCCACAGCCUCCUAUGGGGGACCCUCAAUCUUCCAUCACAGUAAUGUCAGAGCAAGAAAUGGAGCAAGUACAACACGGCAUAAGCCACAGUGGCUGUCUCUACUUUGGGCCACUGGGACCUUUGCAUUCUCUUGAAAAUGAGAUCAGCCUCUCCCAGUUCAGCGGUUCAGAGAUGGAUAUUUACUUGUUUAAGAGGCAGCAGAGUGCUUCAGUGGCCUUUGUAGAUAGAUGUUGACCAGUACUCCAUGCAAGCAGGGCCAGCUCUAACCUGCUGUUCAGGUAGGGUGCCGGUCACAAUCUUUGGAGUUUUGCAGCUAGUGAAGGACAUGGCCAGUUCUGUUACAGAUGACCACAGGGCCAGCUCUCCUGCCUGCCACUGGUAUCACGUGAUGAAUGAAUGAAGAGGGAUCUCACCCUCGCCUAGCAGACAAGAGGACCCUUGGGGCUUGUACACAACCCAUACAUCCAGGCCCAGCUCUACUGUGCUCCCAGGCAAGGUCUGGGGCCUGAACUCCAGAGUGCUGUAGCAAGUGAGUGUCAGGGGCAGCGCUCCUGCUCUGGUCACACCAGAGUCAAGUCUCAAGCUUGCUGUAGGUGGUAAGGCACAAGGACAGAGAAGGGUGUCCCUUUCUUUGUCCACACUACUGAAUUGGCACCAAGUAGCAGUGCCAGCUCCCCCAAACUUGCUCUUCCGGAGAGCAACACACACCCUCCUCAGGCGGUGACUGUGAUUUAGGUCAGUGUAGUCCCUGCUAUGUCAUGAUGGGGAAAGCCAGUGGCAAUGUUGUGCAGUGCCUCACAUGCCCCCUAAGGUGUUUUCCUGGAGAGCAUGCAAAACUCCAGACCUUGUCUGAAAGAUUGUCCUUGGUUUGUAGUCAGGUGGCCCAUUGAUGUUUCCAGCAGUUUGAGACCUGGUAACUAGGAUAAGCCAGCUAUACUGACAAGCUUUCUGCAUUGAAGUGUGGCUUUCUUUUGUAAGAAAACUCUUAACUGCCCAGACACACACUGACUAAAGACUUGCUACUCUCGUCAGGGACCUCAGUAAUCUUGUUUUGGUCUUCUCCCUCAGGGAAAACAAAACCUGUACCUGUCUUUUCGGCCCACUGAAUAAAACUGAUCUUUUUGUUCCCAGUUAUGACUGCUUGGUUGGUGUCUUCUUUUAAACCAAACAGUGCAGUCCAAAAAAAUAUCUCCACCUUUCUCCUGACCUGUCUUUAGCCUGACUGGACAUCUAACACUUACCAGGAUCAUGAGGCCCUGGGCUGUUUCCCAAGCCUAUUUUUUUAAUUGAUGAGAGUUGCUAGGGAAUUUUGCUUUUGUUGUGUGGUCAAACCUCGGAUCUUGGAAAAGAAACUUCAAAGAUUUAAAGCUUUGAUUAUAUGAAUAGGUCCUUAUUACUAGAGAUUUCUCAAAUAGUUUAAAAUCACCAUGACUGUGGAACAGAAAAAGAAGCAAUAGAUAAGAGAGAUCCUAGAGGGGAAGCAAGAGACACCAGGAGAGGAAGGGGCAAGGAGGACAUCUGGUCCUAUGUCGUGAGAUUACAGAGGGGUCCAUGUCCCGUGCUGUAUUGGCCUUCCUCUGGGGCAAUACCCCGGCACUUCUCGUAGAUCGGCACCCAUGUCCUAUUCUUUUAACUGCAGCCCAGCUAACGUGCUGCCAGACACUAACCCAGGGGAGCCUCUUCCAGAGAGCAGAGCAGUUGUGGUCAUCACAGUCCCUCAGCCUUGAUGGGGGAACAAGAGGAGGUGACUGGGUGAUGCUGCAGUGGAUGCAGACGGGAUGCCUAGCCAUGAACCACCAUGAGGGGAAGGUACAUUCUAGGUUCUUCCCCAGGCAUGUCACGUGUAGCUCAGCUCAUCCAGAUGGGCACUGACGUUUGGCUUCAGCUUUUAGGUAACCAUGGGACCUCUGAGUGGAUUGUUGACUGCUGCAGGUGGAAGACGGAGACCCCAUACUGUGUACCUGAUAUAACAUGGGACCUGGAGGGGUCGUAUGCUUCCACCCCUAGCUAUAUGCUCACUCGUACAAGACUGACCUCCUGUUAUGUUUGUCAAGGGAAGGUGUGUGUUCAUAAGAACAAUGCUACGUGUCGCUUUUCCCAGGAUCCCCCUUCUUUGUCGACUUGGCAUUCUUUGAAUUCUCCCAGCUCCUCAAUCUACCAAGUCUCGGUGUAAGCCAUGGAUCCAGAGAUUCCCUAUAGCUUCCUAAAUGAUGUUUAAUCCCAAGGCUUUGCAAAAAAGUCUGAGGCUCAAGACCUAGUCUUUUGAAGCCUUUUGCUGGGAGAACUAGAGUUGUCUCCCCACAUAUUCUAAAUCCCAAGACAGCGAGUCAGGGAGAGCAGGUGUUGAUGGCACAUUCCAAGUUCAAGGGAAAAGUGAGGCUGGGUCCACAGAUCCCCUGUGCCUGUCAGCUGGGAACAGCUCUGUGACGCACAGAUUUGGUUCCGGAAUCCCCGGGUGGUUCUUCCGUGAGAGUGCUGCAGUCACUCAUAAGACCAUCUCUACUGUCUGGUUCUGUGUGUCAACCUGAUGUAAGCUGGAGUUAUCACAGAGAAAGGAGUCUCCCUUGAGGAAAUGCCUCCAUGAGAUCCAGGUGUAAGGCAUUUUCUCAAUUAGUGAUCAAGGGUUGGAGGGCCCAUUGUGGCUGGGGCCUUCCCUGACUUUCUGGGAUCUAAAAGAAAGCAAGCUGAACAAACAGGGGAAGCGAGUCAAUAAAUAGCACUUCUUCAUGGCCUCUACAUCAGCUCCUGUCCCCAAGGUCCUGCCCUGUGUGAGUUCCAGUCCUGACUUCCUUUCCUGAUGGACAGCCAUGUGGAAGUGUAAGCUGAAUAGACCCCUUCAUCCCAAACUUGCUUCUUGGUCAUGAUGCUUUGUACAGGAAUAGGAACCCUAAGACAAAUUGGUACUGAGUGUGGGGUAUUCCUGUGACAGGCUGACCAUGUUUUUGGGAGGACUGUGGAAGGACUCUGGAACUUUGGGAUAGAAGAGCCAUUGGGUGUUAAGAGCUCUGUGGGGUGUUCUGUAGGAGCUUGGAAGAUAAUGUUGAGAACAGUGCAAACGGUUUUGUGGUUUUGGUUAGCUGGGUCUGUAGAAUCAGCUGUAAUGAACAAGAUAUCAAAACUACUGAAGCAAAACCUUUGCAUUACUGGGAUCCUUUGCAGUACUGGGAUGACUGAUGCUGGCUUGCUGGAUCUAAGAAAUUUGCAGUGAUUUAGAAGAGAUGAGCGCCACUGAGGUGAAAUCAGGGAAGUGUUUCCUGAGAGCACAGGGAAGCUGUGUUCCAUACGCAUGGUCGUUCCUCAUGUCCGCCAGACUUGGUAAUGUGUAAGAGUCACCCAGGGUUACUAGGUUUCAGACAUGAAGGUAGCAGCUGAAGCUUGAUACUGCAAGAGUGCAGGAGAGGCCGUUGGUGAAGGUGCAGCCUCAGUGGCAAUUCAAGGCCCAGGAUUGAAGAGAAGUUGAGGCUUAGCACCCUGAAAGGAGCCUGUGAGAGGCUAUUUGUGAAAGUGCAGUGCAGUUGCAGCAGAAGACAGCAGUGUUUUGGAGAUGCCAGUGCCAUGAGAUGAGCACCAAGAACAGCAGCAACAGUGGACUACAAGCAUCUGGAGCCUACAAGACAAGGUGUGUGCUACAAAGGGCAGGGCUGGUGAAGUGACCCAAGCCCUUGGAGGAGCCCAGAAGAUCGUGAGUGGAUCCCAGACAUUGGGCAGUCAGAGUUUGAUUUUUCUUUUCAUUGUGACCGUGCCCUGAUAUUUUUCCCUCUUUCAUUUAUGUAUGUAUGUAUGUAUGUAUGUAUGUAUGUAUGUAUUUAUAUACUUACUUACUUACUUUAUUAUAUAUAAGUACACUGUAGCUGUCGUCAGAUACACCGGAAGAGGGCAUCAGAUCUCAUUACAGAUGAUUGUGAGUCACCAUGUGGUUGCUGGGAAUUGAACUCAGGACCUCUGGAAGAACAGUCAAUACUCUAAACCAUUGAGCCAUCUCUCCAGCCCAUAUUUUUCCCUCUUGAAGAAAGUACCCCACAGUUAAGAGGCUUUGAAUUUUAUUAGAUAUUGGAUAUUUUAAAGGGAUUGACAUUUUAAUCUGUAAAGCCUGUGGGUCUUUUAAAAUUAUUUAGGUCUUGGGGAUGAGUAAGAAAGAAAGGGAUGAGGCUUAAUGGUGAUGUGUUUCUCAAGUUGACAAGGGAUCAGUUGUACUGGCUGGUUCUGUGUGUCAACUUGACACAAGCUGGAGUUAUCCCAGAGAGAGGAGCCUCCCUUGAGGAAAUGCCUGCAUGAGAUCCAGCUGCAAGGCGUUUUCUCAGUUAGUAAUAAAAAUGUUGAAGGGCAGAUCGCAGCUGGUGCCAUCCCUGGGCUGGUAUUGUAAGGUUCUAUAAGAAAGCAAGCUGAGCAAGUAAGGGGAAGGAAGUCAGCCAUGCACCACUCCUCCAUGGCCUCUGCAUCAGCUUCUGCCUCCAGGUUCCUGCCCUGUGUCAAUUCCUGUCUUGACUUCCUUUGGUGAUGAACAGCCAUGUGGAAGUGUAAGCUGAAUAAACCCUUUCCUGCCCAA